UCGUGGCCCGUUGAGGGCGUAUCUAUUUUUACCCCUUUUGGCGACAAAAAUGAAACGAAAGUCACCAGCGUGAGAGAGGGUGCAGGUAGGUUUGAGAGGGAAUCUCCACCAUUCCCAUGUCUCCCUCCUCCAAUCCAAAUCUUCUUCUUCUUCUUCUUUAAUCUCAACAAUGGCGGAGGAAUUCUCCAAGUCCGUGGAGGAGGGGCUGCGGCUCUCCAAGCGCAUAUACUUCGGCAACGACAGGGCCGUGUCGCCGCCGAAGCCGCCGCCGAGCAUGUCAAAGUCCCACACCGCCUGCCUCCCCACGGCGCCCAUGCUCUACGCCGUCAUUCACGACCCUGCCAUUGUCGACAACCCCGACGUUCCCAGCUACCAGCCCUACGUGCAUGGACAGUGUGACCCCCCGGCGCUCAUUCCCCUCCACAUGAUUGGAAAUGUUCACCUUCAAGCACAUUGCUACGUCAAUGCCGUCGCGUUCGUCACCGUCUCCGGCUCGUGGAGACUCCACUGCGUCUCCGGCAGCCGCACCUGCGAUUGCAUCGUUGCCCUGCCCGUGCCACCUCAGGGUUCAAUUCUAGGUGUGGAGGUUAGCGUUCAUAGGAAGUCUUAUUCUACUCAGCUAGUUGAUAUGAAAGACAACAAUGGUAAGGAGAAUAUGAUCCGAGCUCAAGAUGGAGGCUUUGUCGGGCUGAAUUUGUUUACUUUGCGUAUACCACAGAUCGAUGGAGGUUCCAAUUUAUCUGUUAAAAUUAGUUGGUACCAGAAGAUACUAUACAGCAAUGAUGUGUUCUGCUUGAAUGUGCCGUUUAACUUUCCAGAUUUUGUCAACCCUGUUGGGAAGAAAAUGGAAAAAAAAGAAAAGAUAGAAAUAAUUAUGAAUGCUAUAACUGGAAGUGAGAUUCUAUGCAAGACAAUGAGUCAUCCCCUGAAGAAAGUGAGGCAUAAUGCUGGGAGUAUGGGUUUCUCGUAUGAGUCAGAUGUUCUCUCAUGGUCAAAAACUGAUUUCAGCUUUUCAUAUGCUGUGCCUGAUUCUUCAAGUCAUAUAAGUGGUGGUGUUCUUUUGGAAUCUCCAUCGGUGGAUGAUUUUGAUCAACGAGAGAUGUUCUGCAUGUACCUUUCUCCUGGAAAUCUUCAGGGUAGGAAGAUAUUCAGAAAGGACAUCGUGUUCGUGAUUGACAUAAGUGGAAGCAUGCGGGGAAAGCUAAUCGAUCAUACAAAGAAUGCACUAUCGGCUGCUCUCUCUAAGCUCAAUCCUCAUGAUUCAUUUAGUAUUAUAGCAUUCAAUGGAGAGAUAUAUCAAUUUUCAAAAUCAAUGGAAUUGGCUUCAAAGGAUGCUGUUGAAAGGGCCAUCGAGUGGAUUAACAUGAAUUUUAUUGCAGGGGGUGAUACAAAUAUUUUGCAUCCCUUAAACACGGCAAUAGAGAUGCUAUCUGAUGCUCAAAGUUCAGUUCCAAUUAUUUUCCUAGUUACAGAUGGAACUGUUGAAGAUGAGAGACAAAUUUGUGAUAUGAUGAAGAAUCAUAUGACCAAUGGAGAGUCAAUAUCCCCCCGAAUUUACACUUUUGGCAUAGGUUCAUUCUGCAAUCAUUAUUUCUUGCGGAUGCUUUCUAUGAUUGGUCGGGGCCAACAUGUUGCAGCAUUGGAUGUAGAUUUGAUCGAGCCUCAGAUGCUGAAAUUGUUUGACAAAGCUUCAUCUCUUGUUCUUGCAAAUAUCACAAUGGACAUAUUCAAUGAUGUGGAUGAAGUUGAGGUGUGCCCCUCUCACAUUCCAGAUCUUUCCUCAGAUGGUCCAUUGCUUUUAUGUGGAAGAUAUAAGGGAAGUUUUCCCAAAGAUCUUGAAAUUAAAGGUGUCUUGCCUGAUUUCAGUAAUUUUGUGAUAGAUCUGAAGAUUCAAGAGGCUAAGGGCAUACCUGUACAAAGGAUUUGUGCAAGAGAUCAAAUAGAGUAUCUUACUGCUCAAGCAUGGCUCUCAAAAGAUGAAAAAUUAGAACAAAUGGUUGCCAAACUAAGUUUACAAACUGGCUUUACAUCGGAGUACACGAGUAUGACAAUUCUUGAGAUUGAUCUUCGAAAGAAAGCCAAGGAAUCAGAUGGAAAGAAAGUGUCAAAAAAGAGCAAUCCUCAGAGUGGAGCAAAAGAACAAGAGCAGAGAGUUAUUUUGCUCCCUCCCCUAGGUAUAGGAUUUGGCAACUUAACUGCAACUGCUGAAAACAUUCAACCAGGAUCUGAAGAAACAAAAGGGCCUGAUGGGGCUGAAAUCUUUGUUAAGGCUGCCACAAAUUGUUGUGGCACCUGCUGCAAUUACUGCUGUUGCAUGUGCUGCAUCCAGGCCUUUACCCGGAUAAACAACCAAUGUGCAAUUGCAUUUACUCAACUUUGUGUUGGCUUAGGAUGCUUCAGCUGCAUCAACUGUUGUGCAGAUAUAUGUUGUUCUGGAAAUGAAAACUGAAACGUCAACAUAUGUUGUAUGGUUGUUGUAUACUACAUAGAAAUUUCUGUUUACUGGGUUGUCAUUUUGGAAAUGUAUAUGCUUGAGUCAUCAGUUUUGUUUUAUA